AUGGCAACCGUUCUUCCUCCUUAUGCCGCUGGGGACUCGCCACCCUCGUAUGACGAGGUCGCCAGCAAAGUCGAUCAGCUGGUCGGCAGUAGCCCUACCCCUCAAAAAUAUCUAGACGUUGCCGCAUCGCUUUCCGAAGCGGAGCGUCAAGUCUUAAAAGACGGGGCUGAGGCGCACAAUCCAAUCCAGACUGAGGAGGAUAAGAAAAAGUUGUCGCUGGGUGCAGCGAAGACGAUGUCAACGGAUGAGACAGUGGCCAAGUUGAGAGAGGAUGCAAGCGCUGCCAGCGCGGCCGUCGUGGCUAUUGAUGGCUCGUUCACAGCGUUGCAAGUGCAGAUUGCGAGCAUUGAUCAGCUCGAAGAAACCGACUUCCUGACGCAGUUGAAUGAACAUAAAACUAAAUAUCGCAACGUCCUUCAGCAGAGCCGCCUUUUAGCAGCAGAUAUCAGUCAAUAUGGUUCUAGCUUCGAUGAGUUGAUUAUUCCGCUGUGCGCCGACGAAUCCUUAACCGUGGCUCAGCGGGUGGAACAAAUCGACAGAUUUAUCACUGUCAACAGUUUCCAGGAGCAGGGGAACGAGAUCAAUACAAAGUUCGAAAGCCUAAUUGACAGUUUCGUGGAGUUUACAGCCCAGUUCUCUAGCUGGGGGAAGGAUAAGGAAGAGGAAUUGAACAAUGAAAUAAAGGAGAUAGACAAGCAGUUAGUGGAGCUGGCUCAAAAGUUGGCGGAUUUGAAGACAUCUCUAAUCGCACUCGGUGUCGGUCUGGGAGUCGGGCUGACAGCAGCUGGUAUCGGCCUUGCCCUGUCAGGACCUGUUGCUCCAUUUAUCCUGAUCGGUGGCCUGAUUUUCGCCGGAGCGACAGCGGCUGCGGUGGCUGGCAUUGCCAUUGCCAUAGGCGCCAUAUCGAAUCAAAUUGAUGAGAAAAAACGGGAGAGGGAUGAAAAGGCAGACGAGAUUGACAAGAUUCGUCUAGCCCGACGCAAUCUAGAAGACUUGGGCAACUCGCAACUGAUCAUAUUCCGGGAUAAUGUUAAGGUCCUCCAGAGUUACUGGACCUCAAUGCAGGCGGAUGCACAGGAGAUCAAAGGCUGGCUGGAUGACGGGGCCACUAACUUUCCUAUUCUCGAUGUGCUCAUGCAGAACGUGCCCAAAUAUAUGGAGAGUGCGCUCAACAAUGCGGUGACUGUCUAUGCAUCCAUGGCCCAGUAUAUGGAUGAAUAUGCAAAAGGUACUAUGCUAUAG